AGGUUGGGCGGAAGUGACGUGAACAGCAGGCUGUCAUCGGAGCCGCCUGCUAGCCGCCUGCUGCCCUAAAAACAAGUGAAAUAUAUCGAUAAACACAUCGCCAAGUGCAAGGCAAACUAGCUCCCACAGGAAUAUGGAUGACGACGUGCUAACGACUCUGAAGCUGUUGAUAAUUGGCGAGAGUGGAGUCGGGAAGUCCAGUCUCCUCCUGAGGUUCACUGAAGACACUUUUGAUCCAGAACAGUCAGCGACAAUAGGUGUGGAUUUCAAAGUAAAGACACUGGCAAUAGAUGGGAACAGAGCAAAGCUCGCCAUAUGGGACACGGCUGGACAGGAAAGGUUUCGCACCCUGACACCCAGCUACUACCGCGGUGCACAGGGAGUCAUACUUGUGUAUGACGUCACAAAGCGCGACACUUUUAUGAAGCUGGAGAACUGGCUGAAUGAACUGGAAACCUACACAACACGCAACGACAUUGUAAAAAUGCUUGUUGGGAACAAAAUUGAUAAGGACGACCAUGAAGUGGAGCGAAAUGAGGGAUUGAAAUUUGCUAGGAAACACUCCAUGCUUUUUAUUGAGGCCAGUGCAAAGACCAAAGAUGGCGUCCAGUGUGCCUUUGAGGAGCUUGUGGAGAAGAUCCUCCAGACUCCGGGGCUUUGGGAGAGUGAAAACCAGGGUCAGAAGCUCCGUCUGGGGGAUCAGGAGCAGGGCGGGGGCAGGGCAUGUGGAGGAUACUGUUCCAUACCCUGAAACUGGACAGAACCAAAAAAGCACCAAGCUGAUCGGAAUGACUACGGACCAGAAACAGAGGGGGGUGAAAUAGAGGUGGAACUGGAUGAGUACUUUUAACAAAAAGUUAAUUGUUGGAGUAGUUCUGUCAGUCAAAAGGACUUUGCUGUUUGCACACUUCCUUUUCAACCAUCAUCUGUCACAUGUCACAUGUCACUACUUUCUGUUCAAAACAUAAAUGAAAGGAUCGUGCAAAAAUAGCCUCUUGUCUAAGGAAGUAUAGUGUUUUUAAAUUGUCAUAACCAUGCCAGGCGUACGUCAUAGGAGUACAUGUCUGGUUUGAAUUUUUCGUAUUGGCAACAGUGUUUCUGUUGUACAUUAAGCGAUCAGGUUAGUAGCAUAGUGCCGAUAACAUGAACUAAUUUUGUAGGUUACAGUACAGUCAAAUUUUACUCCAAAGGAUUCAUAAUAAUCAGUAAAGAAGUAUCCUCAAUCCCUCACUUCCAGGAAAAAACUAGUUCCCUGCUUAUGAUUUGCGAGCUGUAAAUGUCGACUUCUAUGUAGCUGCAAAAAUUAAAGUACAAAAUGUUCCACAUGACGAGCUUUAUUUCAUAUGAAACACAUCACUUGGAUUGAGGGUAGUGGUGGACGAGACUUGUUAUGUGGAGCGCGUGUUGGCCUCCAUCUAACAUCCGUCAUUAUGCACCAGAACACUGAAUGCCGAAUAAGACAUUUCACUAUGGACCCCAGUUACUGACACCAGUUCAUUUUUUUCUGUUAAUUGAAUUAUUUUUAAUUAUUAUUCAUUUGAUGGUGAUUUCCAUCAAAUUCUUUGUAUGUAUAGAGGCUUUCAAAUGAACGGAUUCCCGUUUUUUUUUUUUUUUUUUCCUGUCUUCAUGGAAGAAAUC